CGUCAACUCGGGCUUGCGCGCGGUGCUAUAAAAGCUCGCGCGGGCUCUCCUCCCAGCGUCACACAUCGGCCGAGUCGCGCGACAGACAGACUCUCACACGCAGCUUUAUCGCAUCCGCAGCAGCCCAGCUCCUCCGUUGCCGAAGAUCAACAAGUGAGCAGAUCGUGCGGCUCUUUUAUUCUCGCCGCCCGUCCUUGCUAUACGGUCGUGUUGUGUGCAGCGAUUGAUACCAGACGCGGAGCGAGAGCGAGCUGGUCCGAGCGGUCAGCUCUCGAUGAGACAGGCAACGGGCCCCGAGUCCUCGUAGUGAAGAGUAGGUCUGCACGAUCGGUCAAUCAAGGUGCGCGCCACGUGAUGAGCCUAGUUAGCCUGCUGGCGACGACGACCCUAAUCACCCUGGCCACUUCGACGCCGAUGAUUCUGGCGGAGGACGUAGCAGCCGCCGGCCCCUUCGGCGGCGCUGGUCUGAGGGCCAAGAUCCCCGUCGAUCACGACCACUUUCUCCUCAUCAUGCUGCUCAAUCGCAGGGACUUUGGCGUGAAGAGCAAACCACCCCUGGACGAAACCGGCGGCGAGUACAUAACCAGUCUCGACUCGGACAUGAGCAGCAGCGGUGGAGGCGGUGGCUUCGACACGGGUGGCAUCGCCGUGAGCGACUUGACGCGCGGCAAGCGCAUCGGCUCGCUCUCGGUCGUCAACUCGGUGGACGUGCUUCGCGAGCGGGUCCUGCUGGAGCUGGCCCGGCGCAAGGCGAUGGAGAACCAGCAGCAGCUGGGCGAGAACCAGUACGUCUUCAAAUCGGUGGGCAAGCGCUCGGGUGGAUUCUCGUACCGCGACCACAGAAUAGCCCGCAAGAAGAGGCUGCAGUAUCAGCUGAUGAACCGUCAGCAACAGCCCGAGAGGCUUCUCGCUCAGUGAGCCCUCGGUGUAUCGGCGUGCAUUGUGUGUGAAAGAGAGAGAGAGAGAGAGAGAGAAGAGAGGAUGUCGUUUGUAUGGAGAACUGACGUGCUUGGCUAAAGAGAAUUUUUCGUUGCUUUCUCGCUUAUUAUGUAGGGCUAUAUUAUGUGCGUAUCCCGUGCACAGUAUUCGUUUGCAGAGCGCGGAGGCAUUGUGGUAAUUUUGUAUUCCGUGGAACUUAUUUCCUUGGAUCGGCUCUUCUGCGGCAAUUUUAAACUACGCGUGUAGAGGCUUAGCGGCUUUUUGAAAAAUGUGUACUUUGUUUUUUUUUUUUUCUUCGUCGUGCAUUUUACGCAGAUUACGGUGGACCUCGUCUAUAUACGCGAUCCGAGUGAGGCUUGGAAAGGGGUCAAUUUUUUACUUCUAUCUUCGACCCAUGAAUUAUCGCUCUCACAUUCCCUUGAAUAUGCUAUCAAAAGAAGCGCGCGCAUGUCUGUAUAAACUUGUACAUUUCGUUGCGCGUAUGUUUGUUUACACGCGAUUAAGAGAAUAUCAGUAUAGCCUUUUUUGCUUAAUUCUACGUGUACACAUGCGUGUACUAUACAUGUAUAAUAUAAAUACAACACACGUAGCGGGUACAAAGCACAAGAGUUAAAGACUUGAAGUAUCGACGGCGAUCACCGAAGCAGCGAAUUAAACAACCGAUACGCAGCUUUAUUGUGCUCGGAAAAAAGGAUUGAUUCCUCAUACAAUAUUGUAUAAUGCUCCGCGGGUGUCUUUUUUUCCAAAGCGCGGAAGGGUCGAGUUUUUGUUUUUCGACGGGUUCUCGAAUGGCAGCACGCAAACCUCUCCACGCGGUCGGAAUGCUUCAAAGAGCUAAAUAGCGCAAGUUUCAUAAUCGACAUAGUUGUCGAUGCAGCUGAGUGUCGACUUUGUUUUUGCGUUGCGCAGAGAAAAAAAUAAAGAAGAAUUUAUUCUGUCAACUCGUUCGAUGUCGCUGGUAAUUUGCCAGCAAUUUAGCAGCUAGAUGUUCGACGUCACACACACACACACACAGAGUCCAUUGUAUUUUCGAUUAGAGCGAAGAGGAAUUAUUCAUGUAUAAUUUUUAAUAUGAAACGCAAAAUCACUUUUCAAACUCGCGCUGAAAUCUCACCUUUCCGUCGUUCAAAAUUGUAACCCGACGAGAGAUCGACCGAAUUCCGCUGACGAGUGAGAAAAAAAGUGAUUUUUCCGCGAAACCAUAGGCAGUCGAGUUAAAAUCAACAGAUGUUGGCAUUUUAGCUUCGACGCACUGUGGAACGUCACGCUCCUUCACCUUUUAAGAAUAUAUAGACAUAUAUAGAUAUGUAGAGAGCGCACUCAAAAUUUUUCUCGGUGUUGAUAUCUUCACUUCGGGCAUACGGGUCGUUCGCUUUCGUGUGUAGAAAGGAUCGACCGAUGCACGUGAAAUUGUGUAUUUACUUCAACGGAAAAGUCUGAAAAAUUCACGUUACUCGCUUGUGUCGAUAACUAUAUAUUAUAUAUACGUGUGUAAAUCUAUGGCUGAGGCGCACGAUUUUCCCGAUCACUCAUCGACAGAUUUCGCCUGUAGCGACUUACUUCGGGCAAGGCUUUGGAGAAAAGUAAGGAAAAACCGUGGACAAAAAAAAUUGAGCGCAUUUUUAGUUUACGUAUUUAUUUUUAAAGUAAUAGUUUUAGGAAAAACUGGACUGCUGGACUGUGCAGUCCAUUCGGUCCGCGUAUUCGCGAUACUUUUGUGUUGUCUUCGAGGCAGGGAGAUAGCGCAAGGACAGAUUAUUAUGUUGUUGUUGUGCCAAACUGUGCAUCUCACCGUUAGCGCAUAAAAUAAUAGACGUAAUAGUGAACUAAUUUGAAGUCUGACCACGCGCAGACACGCGCACACACACACACACACACGCACGCACGCUCACACAAUUCACGACAUCUACCAAAGUUAUGUAUAUCCAUGGAAAAGCGGUAUUCAUAGUUGUAAAAGACUUAAGUUAUGUAUACUCUUAAUAUAUAUUGUAACGAUAGCGAUUUAAGCUUAGAAACAGAGAAGAGCAAAGCAGUGUCGAUGUAAUAUUUUUUCUUUGCGACGGUUAAGGAAGCUUUUGUAUACGCACAAUGAGAAAUACACACGUACACACACACACACACACACGCAAACCGGUGUCGUUGCGCGUCAAGAUAUAUAAAUCCUCGUUUAGCAUAGAAAAUUCGCCUCCCCGUCUAAUCUCUCGCUGUACACUAUCCUACAACGAUAUUCUUUCGUCGAAAUAAGUUCAUCGCUGUAUAUCGAAAUCGCAGUUUGGGCGUCGUCACGAUUACACGACUUUGUUUUCGCGAAUUCAAUCACGGAUUGCACGAGAGAGCUGGCGCGCGCCGUGAGAGGGUUUCGCGUUACAAAACACUAUGCUUUCCCGUGACCGAAAUUAGACGGCGACGGAAAAAAAAAGAGCGAAGAAGGAGCAACCAACCGGCGCAAAUAAAAGUUUGAUUCGAGGUGUUAAUUUUCAAAUGCAGUAGUCUGCGAGCUACUGUCGGCUGUGAGAAAGAAGGAAAGAGAAAGCAGGAGAUUUAAAAUACGUGAAAACGCCCGAUCGAGCGAUUACAUAAAAAAAAAGGAAGAGCUGUUGAGAAAAGUAUAUAUUUAUCUGUUCAGUUAUGCAUUUGCGAACGAUGUUGUUUAAUACGAUGUACGAUAAUGGACAUAUAAGAAAAUAUAAUAUUUAUGAAUAAUAAUAUGGAAAAAAAUAAAAAAAUUGAGUCUCUGAA